CUUCACUUUAUCCAUCCUGUUGUCUUUGAUCUUGAAUUCGCUUGAUCUAGUCCCGUCUUCGCGGACUCCUUACAAUUUUCGAUUUAUCUAGUAUUCUAUUUAUUUGCAUGAUACCCCAAUAGACAAGACACUCCCGCCGCCAUGCGAUUGACCGUCGAACUCAUCCAGAAUUCUCUCUCGUACAUCAACCCAUUGAAGGAUCGAGAAUUAGAUCUCCGAGGACACAAGAUACCCGCGAUUGAGAACUUGGGUAUUGCCAGGGAACAAGAUGCAAUCGACCUCACAGAUAACAGCAUUUCCUCGCUCGGGAAUUUCCCUUUCUUCCCCCGUCUCCACACGCUUCUCCUCGCGCGCAACCGUAUCAAGCAGAUUCAGCCUUCGCUAGCCUCCUCGAUCCCGAACCUGAGCACGUUGGUGUUGCACUCGAAUAAUGUGACAGAGCUGGCGGAUCUAGACGCUUUGCGUAACUUGCCGAAGUUGACGCAUCUGGUGUUGCUGGAGAACCCGAUCACGAGGAAAGAGAACUACCGGUACUGGGUCAUCUGGCGACUGCCCAGCGUGCGUUUCCUCGACUACCAGAAAGUGAAGGAGGCCGAGCGCGAAAAGGCCAAGGAGCUGUUUGGAACCGCCGAAGAGCCGUCUGCCCUAGCCUCGAAGAUCAUCGGCAUUAAGUCGCGUACCUUUGACGUUCCCUCUGGAGGUCCCGCGGACCGGGCCCCUGCCGACAAGGCCGUGAGAGUCAAAUUGACCGACCAGGAGCGGAAGCGAGUCGAGAAGCUGAUCCGGGAGGCUAAGAGCUUGCAAGAGAUCUCGAGACUAGAGAAGGAGCUCAACGAGGGUCGGAUACCCGGGGGUGCGUUCGAUGUGGGCUACGAUGAUGAGGAUGCACAGAUGCAGAUGUGAUUAAUCGAAACUUCCGGUUGGACUUAAGACGGACGAAGACACGGAAUCAUGGCCGACUUUUUCGGUCUUUGAAAAGAACAAUACAGAAAAGCUUAUUGGGGUGUUACACGGUGUUUGGUGUGAUUUCUUUUACUUCUCUUUAUCGUUCGGCCAACGCGUACUGAUAUUUGGAAUGAUACCAACCCACUAUAGCUGCCAAGUUUGA